GUAAAACCAGCAGCAGUCCAAGCGAACCCUAGGAUGGCGACGACAAAACUUGGCUUCUGAUUGGAAAUGUGUUUUUAGAGAUUCCGAUCAGUGAAGCACGCUGAAGAAUGGCUGAUGUUAAGACCUGCCACAUUUGCCAGGCUGGUGACUUGGAGCAGUUGGAGGAGCUUGAGAAAGUGUUGCCCCCUGGCUUCAGUCAUCUCCUGUGCGCAAAGGAGGAGGACAGAGCGCAGCUCAAAGUCAAGCUCUCAACAAAGGAGGAGGUGGAGAAAUGGCUGCAGGACUUUCAGCAGACCUCUGGGUGGACGUGGAGGAAAGCCAAGACGUAUCCCCUGUCAGGCCGCUACAACCUGUUUAGAAACGAUUACAGAUGUCAGCACAGGACGUACAGCACAGGCCCCAGGAACACUAACUGCCCCGCCACUCUCUUCCUCGCCCUCAAGAGGAGCAUGGAGGGCAGGAGAUCACGGGCAUCUGAUAAGCACAUGGUCCAGGGGUUCCUGUUGUACAUCAACAUAAGGUCCGACCACAACCACCCCCGCCGCCUCGGCACUGACACCCUCAGCAAGCGGUGCAAGUUCAGCACCAGCACCUUCACCCAGCUGGCAGAACGGAUUCAGGGAGGCCAUUCCCCAUCCUCUGCCCUCGAUACUCUCAAGGAGGACGGGGAGCGGCACUUUCUUACUGCGUCAGCUUUGUCAGGUCUUCAGGUGUGA